AUGGAUCUAAACUCUAUACUUAACAAAAGUGUUGACGAAUUUCCAGAAGGAAAUAGACAAUUUGAAAAAGAAUUGCGUUCUUUAAAGAGAACGUUGGGGGAAGAUGAAAGACUGAUGUGUGACAUCUGCAAUAAAUAUUUUAAACACAGAGCCUUGUUGAAACGACAUCUUGACUCACACAAAAAAAAAUUAGCUUGUUUCUUUUGUGACAGAAAAUUUGAAAGAGAAGACAAUUUAAAAAGACAUGAACGUGGUCAUCUGAUUGGAUAUAAAUCUGUAGACAAUCGUUUGAAGUGUAAAGAAUGUGGAAUAACACAUAACAAUUACUUGUCGUUAUUUAAUCACAUACAAUCGACACAUCCACAACAGCAACAAAGCGGAGGAAACAUUGCAAAUCAAACACAUACCACAACAACAGACGACGCUUUUGAUAAUUCACUUCAUGUUCUAAAAAUAUUUCCAUUCGAAGGUGAUAGGUAUGAUCUGCUAACCUUCUUCUCAAACAUACAGGAUGAAAUUCAACAACACUUAAAAAAACGAUGUGAGUUAGUGAAACAUAUUAGAUGGUAUUUAAAUGUUCACGUUGAAUUUAUGAGAGAGACAAACGAUGAUGAGAGGGAUUUCAGCCAACCAUAUUUUAAAAGUGGCACUUAUACUUUGCUUUCUAAGGAUAACUUAACGCAACAUGAUUUGAAUGAAGCAUUUCAAAAACAGUUCUCAUCGUUUGAUGAUUAUGUAGCUCAGGGAUCUGGUUGGACACUGAAGCAAGUUUUACACUUAGAAGUUCACACAAUACAAUACAAACCAUUAGGAGGUAGCAGUUACUUUGAUCUACCAAAAUCGUUAAAAGAUUCGCAUUCAAUUAUUAACAUAAAAAACCAAGACCAAAAAUGUUUUCUCUAUUCAAUAUUAGCGCACACACAUCCUGCAACAAAUAACCCACAGCGUGUGUCAAAUUAUAUUCCUUAUGAAGAUGUUUUUAACAUGUCGGAUAUCACAUAUCCUGUGCAAGUCAAACAUAUUCCCAAGUUUGAAAAUCUGAAUAACAUAGCAAUUAAUGUAAUUGGAUUUGAGGAUGAUAAUUUUUUUCCAAUAUACAUUAGUAAACACAGAGACAAAAUGGUAGAAAUUGAUCUUUUGUAUAUGACAAAGAAUGAUAAUGCACAUUAUUGCUACAUAAAAAAUCUUGAUAGAUUGUUAUCGAGAAUUAAGUGUAAAGGUACAGCAUAUAAAUUCUGUCGUUAUUGCCUUCAGGGUUUCUCAUCACAACGGGUUUUAAACAAACACACAAUAUACUGUUCACAGCAUGAUGCACAACAUGUAGAAUUCCCAACAAGAGGAAACGGUGAUAUAGUUGAUUUCGACGACUAUUCAAAACAGUUGAGAGUACCUUUUGUUGUGUAUUGUGAUUUUGAAGCUUUUGUGCAAAAAAAGGAUACAUGCCUUCCUAAUCCAACCACAUCAAAUACCAAUAUAACGGCGGACUAUGCAAUAUGUGGAUAUGGGUAUAAGAUUGUUUGUGUUGAUGAGAGAUAUUCAAAACCACCCGUAGUUUAUCGUGGUUGUGAUGCUAGCAAACAUUUCGUAGAGUCACUAUUGGAAGAGGAAACAUACAUAAAAGAAAUUCUAGAGCAUAUAGAACCUUUAGAAAUGAGUGAUGAAGAUGAAAAAAAAUUUCAAAACAGUUCUAAUUGUUUCAUAUGUGGUGAGGCAUUCACUAAGAAGUCGGGAAAAGUUCGCGAUCAUUGUCACAUAAGUGGAAAAUUCAGAUCGGCUGCUUGUUCAAAUUGUAACUUAAACUAUAAGUAUCCUUCUUACAUUCCUGUGUAUUUCCACAAUUUACGUAACUAUGAUGCUCAUCUUUUAAUGCAAUCAAUUGGACAAUUUAAAGACAGAAAGAUUUCAGUUAUCGCAAAUAAUUUUGAGCGGUAUGUCAGUUUUUCACUUGGUUGUUUUCGAUUUCUUGAUUCAUAUCAGUGUUUAUCAAACAGUCUGUCAGGGUUGGUGGAUGAUUUAGUCAAAGAAAACCCCGACCAUUUUAAACAAUUGGCAAAUGAAUUCCCCACUGUUGAUAAGAGAACAUUACUAUUAAGAAAAGGAGUUUAUCCAUAUUCGUGGAUGGACAAUGCGAAAAAAUUUGAGGUAAGCGUUUUACCACCAAAGGAAGCCUUCUUCAAUGAUCUCAACAAAUGUCAUAUUUCAGACUUAGAUUAUGAUCAUGCCAAAAAUGUUUGGGAUAGGUUUAAUUUAACAAACAUGGGAGAGUAUCACGAUUUAUAUCUCAAGUCCGACGUGCUGCAGUUAGCUGAUGUUUUUGAAUACUUUAGAGAUGAAUGCUUAUCUAACUAUGGCCUUGAUCCAGCACAUUUUUUUACAUGUCCCGGAUUGGCAUGGAGUGCAGCGUUGAAAGUAUCUAAAUGCAAGUUACAAUUAAUUACAGAAGACAUUUCAGAUGCGUAUCUGUUCAUGGAGGCUGGACUGCGAGGUGGAAUUUCUCAUAUAUCAAAUCGAUACGCUAAGGCAAAUAACAAAUAUAUGCCGGAUACCUAUGAUUCUGCAAAGGAUUCAUCCUUUUUAAUUUAUCAAGAUUGUAACAACCUUUAUGGAAAAGCAAUGACUCUCCCACUCCCCGUUUCUGAUUUUCGUUUCUUAAGUCAGGAUGAGUGUACCCAAUUUCAGAUUGAAAACGUAGAAAAAGAUGCAACUAAGGGUUUUAUGUUAGAAGUUGAUUUGGACUAUCCAAAAGAACUGCAUGACCUCCACAGCGAUUAUCCACUAGCACCAGAAUCAAGAUCUGUUUCUGAUGAUAUGUUGUCUCCACACAGUCAAAAUCUCUGGUCAAAACUCAAUCAAAGCAAAUCGGGACGAAGAGAUGCAAAGGUGAGAGUGAAAACAAACAAACUUUUAUGCACUCUUGAUGAUAAACGCAACUAUGUUUGUCAUUAUAGAAAUUUACAACUUUAUCUCAAACUUGGAUUGAAACUGAAAAAAAUACAUAGGAUUCUUGAGUUUUCCCAAUAUCCAUUUUUAAAAGAAUAUGUAGAUCUAAAUACAAAACGUCGUCAGGAGGCAUGUGGAGAGUUCAGAAAGUCAUUUUUUAAGUUAAUGAACAACGCGGUGUUUGGUAAGACAAUGGAGAAUCUCAGAAACAGAGUAGACAUUACUCUUGUUCAUAAUAAAAAGAAACUUCUAAAAAGGGUGUCAAAGUCCUCAUUCGAAAGGUGUGAGAUUUUCAACAAAGAUCUAGUUGCCGUUCAAUGUAAAAAAACACUAUUGAAACUCAACAAACCAAUAGCUGUUGGAAUGAGUAUUUUAGAACUGUCCAAAUGUAUCAUGUAUGACCACCACUACAACUAUGUAAUGUUGAAAUAUGGUCAUAAGGCGAAACUUAUGUUGACGGACACUGACAGUUUAUUGUAUCACAUCAACACAGAAGAUUUGUAUAGAGACAUGAACAUAGACAGACAUCUGUUCGACUUUUCCAACUAUCCAAAAGACCAUUUUCUGUAUAAUGACACAAACGCUAAAAUACCUGGACUAUUUAAGGACGAAACAGCUUCAAAACCAAUUUUGGAGUUUGCUGGACUUCGGAGUAAGAUGUACUCGUUGCAAUAUGGAGAUGUUGAACAUAAAAGAGCAAAAGGGAUUAAAAAAUGUGUUGUUAAAAAUGAUUUGAGACAUGAGCAAUAUGUAAAAUGUGUGUUAGAACAAAAAACUGUUAUGUGCAACAUGAAUCUUAUUCGAAGUAUGAAACACAAUCUUCAUGUAGUGAACAUAAACAAAUUGGGUUUAUGUGGGUUUGACGACAAGAGAUAUGUUUUGAAUUUGGGGAUAGAUACUUUAGCUUAUGGGCAUUAUAGGAUCCUACAAAACAUGAGUGUUGAUUUGGAUGUAUAG